UAGAGCAGAUGAUUAUGAUUCUCCACCACUACUCCCUCACCCUCUCCUCACGUCCACUCUUUUUCAAAGAGAAAGAGAGUGAGACACAGAAAUAUAGAAGAAGAAAAAAAUAGUGGCACUCUGUGCAGUUAUAUGGGUGGUCGUCUUCUCCAUUCGUCUUCUCUCACCGCCAUCUACCACAGCAAAAAAAAGCCUUGUCUUGGCUUCUGCUCUUCUUCUUUCUCUGAAGCCGCCUUCACUCACCAACCAAUUAAUGCACCUCCACUCCAGGCCAUCACCGACAUUAAUUUAUUACUACUGUUUCUCCUCUGAACCACUUAUUUUUAUUGAAAAACACUGUCAUUAAUUCUUGAUUAACCAAAGGAGGGAAUCGUCAUGGAACUGUUCAGUUUAUACUGCCAUCUUUUUUAUACUACGUUCCUCAGCCUUAGUCUUCUCCUCAUUUCCAAAGGCGCUUCAGGAGCAACAUUCACAUUUGUGAACAAGUGCGAUUUCACAGUAUGGCCAGGAAUCUUGUCGGGGGCAGGCAGUCCAAAGCUAGAGAGCACCGGUUUCGCGCUCACAAAGGGCAGCUCUCGCACUUUCCAAGCCCCAACUGGCUGGUCCGGCCGCUUCUGGGGAAGAACCGGCUGCAACUUCGACGACUCCGGCAGUGGGUCUUGCGCCACCGGAGACUGUAGCUCCGGCACCAUCGAGUGCAACGGCGCCACAGCCACCCCACCAGCCACUCUAGCCGAGAUCACACUUGGCUCGGGCUCACAAGACUUCUACGAUGUGAGCCUGGUUGAUGGGUACAACUUGCCGAUGAUCGUCGAAGGGAGUGGCGAGUCGGGUACAUGCGAGUCGACCGGGUGCGUCACGGACCUGAACCGGCGGUGCCCGUCGGAGCUGAGAACCGACGAUGGCCGGGGUUGUAAGAGCGCGUGUGAGGCUUUUGGAAAGCCCGAGUACUGUUGCGUCGGGGCGUACGGUACAGCAUCGACAUGUAAGCCGUCGCAAUACUCUGAGCUGUUCAAGUCCGCUUGUCCCAAGUCGUAUAGCUAUGCUUACGAUGAUGCAACUAGCACCUUCACGUGUACCGGAGCUGAUUAUACCAUCACAUUUUGUCCUUCGUCUCCAAGUUUGAAAUCUUCAAGAGAUUCACCCCCUGAAAUAGUAGGAACAACAACAGAUGAGUCAGGAUUAGGGUCAGGAUCAGGAUCAGGAUCAGAAUCUGGUUCAGACUCAGCACUUCAGCAAGCUGAACUGGCCACUUCAUGGCUAGCCAAUUUGGCCUCUGGGGACUCAUCCAGAACUCACCCUUCUUUAGCUUUUUCAUCUACCUUGAUUUUGGCGAUCUCUCUCCUUCUCUCAUUCUUAUGCUUGUAGUUCUCUGCCUGCCAUGUGCUUUGUUCAAUUCUCAUCGGCAAUGCCAGUCGUUUAAUGAUAGAAAUUAGAAAGCAUCAUCGCCAACAUCAGUGAUUAUGGUUACUCUGCCACCCACUUUCCAAAGGAAUAGGAUUCUCAAUCUCCGUUUCAAAUAAAAUGACGAUCAAAAUUAUUCUUGAUU